AUGAAGAACCAGGAGUUUGCGGGUUCAUCCGAGCUGUCCGACGGCCACGAUACAGCAGAAAUAUCAGCGGGCUCGGACGCCCUCCCGAGGCGCCCGGCACACAAGGUGCCCGAUGCGCCCGCGGAGCCCGAGGAAGCCAAGGAGCAGGGCGGGCGAGAGGCGCCCCAGAAACCCUAUGAGCCGCACCUGCUCUCCGACCACUCCACGCCCUACAAGCCCUACAGGCCCUACAGGCCCUACAAGCCCUACAAGCCCUACAAGCCCUACGAGCCCUAUGAGCCCUACGAGCCCUUUGAGCCCUACAAGCCCUACGAGCCCUUUGAGCCCCGCUCCCUGCUUGUUCCCUGGGAGCCGCAUGAACCCUACGAACCCUAUGAGUCCUUCGAGUCCUGCGUGCCCCGUGCGCCCCAGGAGCCCCGUGAACCCUACGAGCCCUACGAGCCCUACGAGCCCUACGAGCCCUACCAGUCCUACCAGUCCUGCGAGCUCCAGGAGCCCCAGAAGCCCCAUGCUCCCCGUGAGCCCCGCAAGCUCCACCCGCCCUGUAAGACCCAGGGGACCCAAGUUCCCCAUGAGCCCCGCAAGGCCCACAAAGCUGAGCUGCCUCACAGCACCGCCGUGAUGAUCACCCCAACUCAGAUGACCGGAUUGCAGCCACGGAUUCCCUCGCCUUCCCUGAGCGAACCUAUUCCCGAUGAGUUUGUAAGGAAAUGGAAAAGAAUCCAAGAUCUUUCUAAGCCUAAAAAACAAUGGGGAACCCCAGACAGAAAGCUGCUUUGGGGAAAUCAAGACCCUAUCCGCCCCAUUUGCCCUAGUGCUUUGAAGGCUCUGCUGACCAAGAGGCUCAAUAGCCUUGCCCAGCCCAAGGAAGUUUCCCCCAGAUAUGUACCUAACAGGGCUGAAUAUUACUACAGAUGGGGUACAGGGUCUGUAAUCUGGGAUAUCCCUUCUUCUGUACUGUUAAGAAAACCUUCCAAAAGGAUCCAGAAGAUGGCACAGCCAAACAGAUACAAGAAAGUGCUUCUAAAAACUAGGCCCUUCAGUGAUCCAAUCCUGAGAGAGUCUCUUCAACUCUCCGGCCCUUCUCCCCGGAUAUUACGACUCUCAAUAGCCAAAGGCAUAAACCCAAACUACGUUCCUCCAAAAAGCGUUGAAACCAAGAUUUUACCUUCUGCCCUGAAUGCUGUCACAACUCCAAGAAUUGUAGACCUUGCCACUCCAAGGAUCAAGAUAGACGGUCUAUGCUAUCCAAGAGAAAGAAGUGACAUGCCCAUCCGUCCUAUAUCCCACGCUGCCUUGCUAGCUACACCUAGCCCUCGAACAACAGCUUUAGCUAAGGCCAAACCUCUUCAUCAAGAUUAUUUACCUCCCCGUGAUCCCAACUGGCCAGUCUCUUAUGCUGCUAUCUGUUCCAAAAUAUCUCCCAGAAUUCAAGAGCUAGCUAAUCCAAGUAAAAGGACUCCUAUGCGAAUCGUCUACUACGAUCCAGAGGUCUUCAACGUCAAGCCGUCUGCUUUGAAAGCAAAAUGCUCUCUGAGGGUCCAGGAGCUGGCAGAGCCUCUUGCCCGCUAA